AUGGUGGACACGUACGGCGAGCCAACCGUCGUGGAGGUUGAGGAGACGCGGGAAAAGAUCGUUGAGGAGCCGACGGACGCUAAGGCCGUCAUGCAGCAGCGAAGAGAGCGACGGAGGGCCGAACGAGAGAAGGCCGAAGCCAGCGCCGAGGCCGCCGGUGGGGGAACCACCACCGGCGGCAAGAAGCGAAAGAUGGAGACGCGGGCCAAGGGCGCCGAGGAAGCGACGGCGAAGAAGAAGGCCAAGAAAGCCUCCGCGGAGCAAGACAAGGAGAGCAGCCCAACCGACGAGGCCGCAGCCAGCAAACUCAAAUCGCCGGCCAAGGCGGCUGGUGCGAAAGAGAGUAAGUUGAUGAAGAUGGUGAAGACCAAGGCCAAGGCGGAGCAGGCCAUGCGAUCGCAGCAGCUGACGCGCGCACCCGUCACUGCCCCAGCCACUCUGCCCAGCGUCGCCCCGCUGCGAACCGGUCAUGACGACCCCGACCCCUUCGGCGGCUCGGGUCUGGCCUCCUCCCCCGCCGGGUACUACCCCGCGUCCAGCUGUGGCGUGGCCGCCUCCGCCCCCGGGCAGCGCCGCCCUACCGGCCACAGUCGGCUCUCUAGUGGCGGCCGCUGCAGCUCCGAUCAGUCCCGCGCCAGCAGCUCCCUCCGCCGCAACCUCGAGCAGUACUACCACUUCGCCGAUGGGUCCGACGCGCGAUCGUCGAUCAGACGAAGCGCCUGCCGACUCGGCGUCACGCUGCGCGAGAUCGCGGACGAUUUCGCCCAGGAGCGGAAUCUCGACGAGCAGACGGUGAUGUCGCUGCUCGAGCGACGGCUGCUGCAGACGUUCGAGACCGAACGCACCAAGAAGCGGGAGCACAACCAGCGGGGCGAGGAGGCCUGGAUGAAGCGAUUCGCCAACCAGGAGAAGCUCGUCCUCCGACUCCUGUGGCGGGUGGCCAAGGCCAGAGCCGCCGCCGCCGCCGCCGCGCGGCAGCCGCAAGACAAACACGAACACGGUGACCGGCUCCUCGACUCGGUCCUGUGGAGCUGGGCCAACCGGUUGGCCAACAAGCACGAACCCAAAGUUGCGACAACGGAGCUCGAGUCGCUGUGCAAGGCUUUUGCCGGCCUGUGCAAGCUGGAGCGAAGGCGCGGCCGGUCGAUCGUGGGCGUGUUCUGCCUGGAUCUCUACCUGCGCAUCGUGUCGCGCGCCUACCCGGGCGCCUUGGCCAGCGUCGAGGGCGACGACGGCAGUGGCGCGGCGAUGGACCUCGAAGAAGCGGACGACGGCCUGCGCGUACUGGGCCUAACGCUGCGACUGCUGAUGACGGGGCACCUGGGUCCCGCGGCCAAGAGCACAGGCAGCGGGGCCAAGCGCGAGCGGACCAAGAUGGUGGACGACUGCCUGGCCGACAUUGCCACAGAGAACGACUGGAAUGAAGAGAAUGCACCGAGUCUGGACCGCCUGCUAGCCGACAUCGUCAGCGGUAUCGGUUCGCUCGCGCAGCACAACGGCGAUGAAUCGUACAAGCUGACGCCGCGCACCUUCGUGGGCCUCAAGUGUCUCGAGCUGGUGGCCCUGUGGAAGGGUUGGGUCUGGACAUUCAACGACCUCAUCGUGGAACGGCUCUGGCCUCUGUUGGGCGCGGAUUCGACCAACUCGGCGCUGGUGACAACUGUAAGGGCUGUGGGACAGCUGGCACGAGCGGCGAUCCAGUUCCUGGCCGAACCGCUUCCCCUCCAGGGAAGCGACUUUCUAGCGAACACGAUGGCGGAUGUGCUGCAGAUGGACCCGGCGGACAGCCCGAUGGGCACCUUCUCGGUGAAGCUCGCCGCAGCGCAGACGAUCCUCGAGAUGACCACGUCCGCAGCUGCGGGCUCGCUCCCUCCGUCGUCGUCGACCUCCGGUCCCGCAACCGGCGUGCGGAGUUGGAUCCGGUCACUCUCGCCCGCUCACGCCAAGCGAGUGCCGCCCGCCUUGGUUGCGGCCAUCGGCAAGCGGUGA